AUGUUCCUAUCGAAGCUUAGCCCGCUGCAUGCGCUGUUUCCGCGCGCCAGCUACAGCCCUGUAAGCUGGGCGACGCGACUCUUUUCGCAGAGCGCGCCUGCGUGCGCCACGCUGAAUCAGAUCAAGCGGGGCGUGGAGCCUCCGCGCCGGAAGAAGGUGACGGAAUCGCCUGCACUGGAGGGCUGCCCAAUUCGCAAGGGCGUGGUGCUGCGUGUGAUGGUUCUGAAGCCCAAGAAACCUAAUUCUGCGCAGCGCAAGGCCUGUAGAGUGAGACUGACCAACGGCAACGUGGUGUCCGCAUACAUCCCGGGCGAGGGCCACAACGCGCAGGAACACAGUAUUGUGUACGUCCGCGGCGGGCGUGUCCAGGAUCUGCCGGGCGUGAAGUACCAUCUUGUGCGUGGCGCGGGCGACCUGGCAGGCGUGGUCAACCGCAUCUCAUCGCGGUCAAAAUACGGCGUGAAGCGCCCGCAAAAGGACUAG